UAACUCAUGCAUAAUGCAAGUACUUUUAUUGUGCUCAUUACUAUUAAGGACUGAUACUGCACAUCUUUCUUUUAUUUCAAUCCUUUCUCUUAUUCUCUCUUUCUUUUCUGAUUCCUUUCUCUUCAUCAAAAAGUGAUUUUUUAUUGGUAUCCAGUAUCCAAAUGUGUUUAUAAUGUAAUCUUUUAUGAUACAGGUAGGUUAUGUGCAACAGCAGAGUUUACACAACUGGGAAAAGAAAUAUUUUCAGCCAACAAGUCAGGGAGAUCCACUAUGGGGUAGACAGUGGACAGUUAACAAUACUGGUCAAACCAGGGAACCAAACCUUUACCUUGAUCUGAAUGCAGAACCAGCAUGGAUACAAGGAUAUACUGGCAAUGGAAUAUUAGUUGGUGUCGUGGAUGAUGGAGUGGAGCAUACUCAUACAGACCUAAGGAAUAACUAUGUAUCAACAUACAGUUAUGAUUUUAACUAUAAUGAUAGUGACCCAUCUCCUGUUGGAACAGAUUCCCAUGGAACUGCUUGUGCUGGUGAAAUUGUCAUGGCCCGUGAUAAUAAUGUUUGUGGAGUGGGUGUAGCUUAUGAUGCCUCUAUGGCAGGUCUUCGUUUAUUGGGGGGAGCUACAACAGAUUUAAUUGAUUCAUCUGCUCUCAGUUAUUAUCGUAACAAUAUUGAUAUUUACAGUAACAGUUGGGGACCAGCUGAUGAUAGUGUUACAGUUGAUGGACCAAAAUAUAUGACAUUACUGGCAUUGAAAGAAGGAGCUGAAAUGGUAUAG